UUGCUUGUAAUUUAUAAGGUGAUCAGAGGCAGCAAAGAAACACACACAGAGAGAGAUGGGAUCCUUGGGCCCUGCAGUGAGCGUGAGCAUGGCCAAGGCCAACGGCGGCACGGCUGCCGUCGGUGGCCAGAAGCAGCAGCAGAAGCAGGAGCGCGGCACGUUCAGCUGCGGCUUCCGGAUACCGCUGCACUACCCGCGGUACAGGAAGGCGGACUACGAGGCGAUGCCGGAAUGGCGCGUCGACUGCCUGCUCCGAGAGUACGGCCUCCCUGUCACCGGCGACGUCGAGGAGAAGAGGAGGUUCGCCAUGGGCGCCUUCCUCUGGCCCGGCCAGCAUUGAUUCGCCUUUUUACAUAUUGCCACUCGGAGCAGAGGCCGAUCAGCAAGCUAGGGCCUAGCAGAGACUGAUCAGCAAUGGCAGCAGCAGCCUCACGUCCCCAUGUAUGCAGAAGACCUCGUGCCGAUAUUAUAUUCCUAUCUAUCACUAAUCAUAAUCUCCAAUUAUCCAUAGAAAAAAUAUGUUUCUUGGAGGUUGGAGCAGUUCUGAUGUUCUUACAUGUAAGCAGUACUGGAAGAAGGUGUUGUUUCUGAUUUUCAUACGUAUAAUAUAAUGCUUUCUGUGUA